AUGGAGGACGGCGUGGUAGCCCAGUUCACCGAGAUUACGGGCUCGACGCCUGAGACGGCAGCACAAUACUUGGAGCUCACUGAAUUCAACAUCGAGCAGGCCAUGCAGCUCUUUUUCGAGAAUGGAGGUGCACCCUUGACAGAAACACCUGCUCAACAAGCCCACGGCCGCACUCCCGCAUAUGAAGACGAAUCAGGCGUCGUUCACAUCGAUUCUGACACGGAUGACGAUAGUCGGCCAGCCCAAUCCGCAGAAGCAGGCGCGGGCGCCACAUUUGAUGAUGAUGAAGCCAUGGCUCGUCGUCUACAAGAGGAAAUGUACGGGGGUGGAGGCCCAACUCGCAAUGAUUAUGAGGAUGAGGACGAUGACGGAGUACGGGCGCCUAUGGCGCGCACCACUGAGACCCUGGUGGGGCCGGAUCUUGAUUUCCACGAUGGCAUGCAUUCCAAUAUUCUGGGCCAUCUACGUGCCGGACGAAGUGGCCGACCUGGCAUUUUCAACCAGCAAGAUUCGGCUUCCAUCUGGACUGGCGGCUCGUCAAACCCCCAAGAACAAUUGUCGCAAGCCACAGGUGGAGCAUCGGAUGCUUCGUCUAAAUCCAACAUGCUGGCCGAAAUGUACCGACCACCCUUCGAAAUCAUGUCUCGCCUGCCCUGGGAUGUCGCUCGCCAAGAAGGUCGGGACAAUGAGAAGUGGUUGCUGGUCAACAUUCAGGACCAGUCUAUCUUCGACUGUCAGGUUUUGAAUCGUGACCUCUGGAAAGACAAAGGCAUCCAGGAAACUAUCAAAGAACACUUCAUCUUCCUACAAUUCUCCAAGGAUGAUCCCCGGGCUGCAUCCUACCUCCAAUAUUACUUCCAAGCUAGUGACGUCUCCGAUAACUACCCUCAUAUCGCCAUUGUCGACCCUCGAACUGGUGAAAAGGUCAAAGCCUGGACCGGUCAGCCCGUUAUCAAGGCCCCUGAAUUCCUCAUGCAGCUCCAUGAAUUCCUUGACCGUUACAGCCUGAACCUCAAUGUGCGCAACCCGGUCGCGAGACGGAAGUCAGACAAGCAAGAGAAAACCGUUGAUGCUAUGACGGAGGAAGAGAUGCUGGACAUGGCAUUGAGGAACAGUCUUGGUGCAGAAGGAUCCUCCGCCCCGAAGCUGGAUGACCCAGAUGACUUGACUCGCAGCACUGGUGACAUCAAAGACAAGGGUAGAGCGGCCGACGAUGAGGAGAUGCUUGCAGCAGAGCCCGUUGAAGAGGCUGAAGAUUCAGUGUUCUCCUCUAUCCCAAGUGACCGACCCCACAUUGAGCCGGCUGCCGACCCUGCCACAACUACUCGCAUCCAAUUCCGUCACCCGGCUGGCCGUGUCAUUCGACGAUUUGCGCUAUCAGACCCUGUCCAGCGAAUCUACGAGUGGUUGAAGGCAGAGCCUCCUGUUGAAGAUAAGGUUGGUGUGGAGUUUGACCUGAACUCUCUCGGUAUCAAUCUAAUAGAAUCACUCCAAACAAACAUCGAGAGUGCGGGGCUUAAGAACGGAACUGUCAAUAUCGGGUACCUGGAGGAAUAA